AUGGCCAACCCUAUUGCCUUCCAGAAUCUAUAUUUUGAGCGACUAACCGAUUUUCCAACAACGGUAGUAUGUCGCGAAUGCCGUUACAGUGUAUGGCCGAGCCAGAUUGAGAGUCAUUUACAGCAUGCCCACCGUUAUCUAUCAUCUACGCUCCGGAAACAGCUUGCUGAGGAGGUUCGCAGCUGGCCAGAUAUUGCCAUUAAUCCAAUUGAAUUGGAUAUUCCACCAACCCGAAUUCGGGCUAUUCCCCAGCUCAUUGGUCCAUUGAAUGGUUGGCAGUGCCAGUUAUCACCUGAAUUAUGUUGGUAUUAUUUUGCAAUUAUUGAUCACCAUGAUGUUGAGGAUGAGCGGGAUAGGAUGGAUGAGGCCAAUUCUAUCUCAUUACCCAAUGCUGCGAUAUUCUGGGAGCAAGCUAACGCUAAAUUUGCUGAGUUUGAGAAGAAGCUGGUGGAGAAGAUCGCCCAAGGACACGUGGAUGAGGCCAAUCCAUGGCUCCGUCGAACUGGAUGGUUGCCAUAUUUAAAACCGUUCACAUUCCAUGCGCUGCAGGCAUUCAUCGAGGCGCCUGAGCCACCCAGUGAGGAUGAGAACCAAAGCACCGCCAUCCCCGAUACCAAAACAGCAGAGAAAUGUGCCGCGUGGGCAGUAUGGAGCGCCAUGGGGGAAGUGGGACGACUCAGCCAGCUAUCCGUGUUACACAUGGGUGUAUUUGUCCGCAUGGAAGCUAUUUGUUCUGAGAGGAAUCAGACGCGGUAUCAGCCACUGGAGGCAUAUCAGGAUGCCAACGCUGUGACGGAUCGAGUAUUUCGACCAGGAGAACGUCGUCCAUGGGAGUCCCGUUCCAUUCCCAGUUUGCCGCCGUCAUCCGGGGAAUCCAGGGUUGAGACCAUGGCACCACAACGUGUCAGACCCCGUGGUGAGGAAGAGAUGUCAGAUCGGAGCAGGGACCGGUUGGAGGGUGAUGCAGACCCAGAGGAGGUUGAUCCCAGAGAGGAUGACGACGAGGAGUACGACGAGGAGAACAAGGAGGAGGAGGAGGUGCCCCCAUUAACACCGAUCCAGCAGGCAUGUUUGGACUUUUGCAUCGAGCUAUUGAACCAGCGGAUUGUCCGUCGCGAGUACGACAGCGCGUUGAUCUGUGCCACUGCGAUCUUGGGAGCUUGA